AUGGAGUUAGAAUACGAUCGCCUGGAAACAGAUCCAAAGCAAAAGAAAAAUCCCAAGAAAACCGCCAACAUCUUCUCCAUUCUUUCAUUCUGGUGGGUGGGACAGCUUCUUGACCUUGGAAGCAAGCGUUCUCUGGAAAAUGAUGAUUUAUUUCCUUUACUUGAAGAGGAUAAAACUCAGACGUCGACUGAAAACCUUUACCGGACGUGGAAUGAAGAGAAGAGUCGCCCCUCAAGCGAGGGAGCUUCAAACGGACGUAGACUGUUUAAAGCGAUUAUCCGAGCGUUUUCCGUCGUUGAUUACCUGUUCAUUUUGAGUGUAGGUUUGGUGCCUGGGGUUUGUAAUGUUCUUCAGCCCGUGUUCUUGAGUCUGCUGUUACCGGCAUUAAUGAAGUACUCGACAAAAGAGGCAUAUAUCUACGCUACUGGAAUCUGUUUGAGUUCUUUCGUGCGUGCUAUUGCUACCCAUCAGUACCGUUACCAUGGAGAUUUAAUGGCUCUUAGAUGGAAAUCAGCAACAGUUGGAAUUGUUUACAGAAAGGUUCUCUGUCUGAGGCAAGCAGAUUUAUCGACUUUAACGAGCGGAUAUGUCAUCAAUCUCAUUGCUUCAGACCUGCAACGUUUUGAUCUAACAGUACUUAGUUUUGUUCUCUUAACUCAAGCACUGUUUGAGAUCCUUAGUGUCUCGAUCUUCAUGUUUUACCUGUUUGGCUGGAAACCCUUGACAGGCGUGAUGUUUCUUAUUACGCUUACAAUUUAUUACGGUAUUAUGGGAAGAGUCUGCAAUACUUUAAGGUCAAAAAUCUCCAAAGUGGCUGAUCAGCGUGUUGAUAUCAUGAACUCCAUCAUUGCUGGAAUUCGCACAGUCAAGAUGUAUGCCUGGGAGUGGCCGUUUAUGGAAAGAGUGCAAAGGAUACGAAGGCAAGAAGUCCGACUAAUUAAAUGGAAAACAGCGAUAUUGGCAACCUUUGCAUCGCUGAUGUACACAUGCACACCGAUUGCAGCUUUCAUUUCUUUGAUUACCGUGGCAUCGACAGGAAUUGAGCUCACCUCAUAUAAUACUUUUAUGAUUUUGUCCCUGAUAAGUACACUGAGAAUGACAGUCUCAGCCAACAUUUCCAUCUAUGUGAACAUUCUAGCAGAUUUCGCGGCAGCUCUGAAUCGCAUCCAAGGUUUACUUGAAUUUGACAAUGACAACAUCGACAAAUAUCUACAGGACACCUUCAUGGAAAAUGGUGGCAAUAAUUCAGGACACGAAAAUAAACUUUCCAAAAGGGAUGAUUCUUCAGGUUUAAACGAAAGUGUCGAAACUGAUAUUCACCGUCACAAAGAUCCUGUCGUUUUACUACAAAACGUCGUUUGCAGUUGGAGUGGAAAUUCUAACACACCAACAUUGAAUUCCCUGUGUUUGUCAGUCGGCCAAGGUGACUUGGUGUUCAUUACUGGUCGCGUGGGCUGUGGUAAGUCGUCCCUUCUGUACACCAUUCUUCGAGAAAUUCCACUUAUUACCGGAGUAAUAUCUUAUCAAGGGAAAAUUGCCUGGGUUGGUCAGCAGCCCUGGAUUUUUUCUGGUACCGUGCGGGACAAUAUUUUGUUUGGCGAGCCAUUUGACCCGAACAGAUAUGAGAAGGCAUUGGAGGCAUGUGACCUGACCAAAGACUUGCAAAGAUUUCCAGAUGGUGAUUUGACUGUUGUUGGAGAACGUGGGACAGUCCUGAGUGGUGGUCAGCAGGCUCGUGUUGAAUUGGCACGCGCAGUGUAUUCCAAUGCAGAUAUCUAUCUACUGGAUGAUCCACUUAGUGCAGUGGACUCAAAGGUGGGGCAUGAUAUCUUUGAAAAGUGUAUCAAUGGCUUAUUGGACAAUAAAACUCGGCUGAUGAUCACUCAUAAUCUCGAGGUCCUGCAAGACGCCAACCACAUCGUAGUAAUGGAAGAAGGUUCAAUUUUGGCCAAAGGUGACUUUUCGACAUUGUGUGCAUCUGGUUUUGACCUAGAUACCAUCGUCCAAGGCGCUGAACAGAAACCUAGUACUGUGCAGAUGGAAAAGCACCUAAGUCAGGGCAUAUUGGAGAAUGAAAUUAAGUCAGAGCAAGAAUAUGCCAGACUGGAAAUUGCUGAAGAAGAUCGCAUGGUUGGUGCUGUAUCGUGGAAAUUAUACUGGCACUACAUCCAAGCUGGAAUGCACGGUAUUCUGGCUACAGCUUUGGCUAUGUUCUUCCUCAUCGUUCAAGGAUCACUCAUACUUCCUGAUUGGUGGCUACUUCAUCUGACACGUCAAUCACAUGACCCGCAGCAGCAGACGGAGAAUCUCUACAUCUAUGGUGGCCUGGUGGCUGCGGCAUUGAUUUUGUCAAUCAUGAGAGCGGGAGCAUUUUUCAACGCAGUAAUAAAUUCCUCUAAUCACCUUCACAACUCGAUGCUAUCAGCAGUCUUAAAAGCUCCGGUUCUUUUCUUCGACACUAAUCCUAUUGGACGGAUACUAAACCGGUUUUCUCGAGAUAUUGGCAUCAUGGAUGAGAUGCUACCAAAAGAUUUCCUAGAUGCUGUUCAACUGCUUCUGUUCUGCGUCGGAGCAGUUGUUCUUCCGUCUAUCCUGAACCCCUGGAUUAUCCUGCCCGCCACCCCGCUCAUAAUCACUUUUAUUCUGAUCGGGCGUUACUACGUAACAACAUCACGUGAUGUGAGGCGACUGGAAGGAGUAAAUCGAAGCCCGGUACUUUCUCAUUUUAGCGACUCGUUGAUGGGACUGGUGACUAUUCGGGCGUAUGAGAGGGAAGAUGGCUUUCUGAAAGCGUUAUACAGAUAUCAAGAUGAUCACAAUAAGGCUUGGUUCUCGAUUUUUUCCGCCAUGAGAUGGUUAGGAGUCCGUCUGGAUAUGAUCUGCGUUAUUUUUGUCACUUUGGUUGUGUUCCUUGCUAUAGCUACGCAGUCUGGUUCAGGCAUUACAGCUCUAUCUCUUGUCUACGCCCUCCAACUUGCAGUAGAUACGUCACAAUAUGGCGUCAGGCAGUGCUCAGAGGUUGAAAAUGAGAUGACGUCCGUAGAACGUGUCAUAACAUAUGCUAACCUUGAGGAGGAACCUGGGUAUGACUGUGAUCAGCAGCUUCAAGACAACUGGCCGGAACAAGGUCGGGUACAAGUAAAGAAUUUGGACCUAGUUUACUACGAGGGUGGACCAGAUAUACUGAAAGAUGUCAAUUUUAGUGUCGAUUCGCAGGAGAAAAUAGGAAUUGUUGGUCGCACUGGAGCUGGCAAGUCGUCACUGGUUUCAGCUCUGUUUCGCAUGCCUCAACCGACUGGAAAAGUCAUUAUUGAUGACGUUGACAUCGGCAAGAUUAACAUCCAAAGCGCUCGUCGAGCCAUGUCAGCCAUUACCCAGAAUCCUAUUCUGUUUACUGGUUCACUGCGCAUGAACUUGGAUCCUUUUGAGAAGUACGCUGAUCAGGAACUCUGGGGUGCAUUAGAAGAAGCUAGUCUGAAGACCAUGGUGGAAAAUUUAUCGAACCAACUGAGUGAGGAGAUUAAAGAAUGUGGAGCAAACUUCAGCGUCGGCGAAAGACAACUUCUGUGUCUGGCUCGCGCUUUAUUGAGGAGAAGCAAGAUUAUCAUCAUGGAUGAAGCAACCGCAAAUGUCGAUUAUAAGACAGAUCAGCAUUACAGCUCUAUCUCUUGUCUACGCCCUCCAACUUGCAGUAGAUACGUCACAAUAUGGCGUCAGGCAGUGCUCAGAGGUUGA